UCGAACCGAGCUAAACGCAACUCUUUAUUCGGCUCUAGGUGUUGUCGCUCUCUGUCGUUUUCUCGUUUUCUUUUUCACUCAAUGACAUCACGGAAGCUGCCGACGGUCAAGCUAGCUGGCUUCCAAGGAUGCGGACUUCCGCCCAUCAUGCCUGCCCAGCCCGCUGAUAGGGAGCCGGAGGAGGAGAUGGAGGCAGACGGAGAGUCGCAGCUCCCCGAAGCCAACGGAGAGGUGGAGGAACCAAAGGACGACGAGAGAACGGGGGGCGGGGGAGGAGAGGAGACGAUGGAGGAGAGCCUGGAGGAGAGGGACAGUGACAUGGAGGAGAGUGAGGAGGUAGAGGAAGAAGAGGAGGAGGAAGAGGAGAGUUCAGAGAUGGACGAUGAGGACUGCGAACGGAGAAGAGGGGAGUGUCUAGACGAGAUGAUGGAUCUGGAGAAACAAUUUCAGGAGCUCAAAGAGAAGUUGUUUCGGGAGCGGCUGAACCAGGUAAAGGUGAAGCUGGACGAGGUGCUGACGGGCAAGGCAGGAGAAUACAGAGAGCCGCUGGCUGCGCUGCAGAACAGCAUGCAGAUACGAACACAAGUGGCCGGAGUGUACCGGGACCUGUGUCUGCAGGUGAUCAAACACAAGCACGAGUGUGAACUUCAAGGGGCGAGGCAACACCUGGAGAGCGAGCGCUCCUUGCUGUUUGAUGCCAUGAAGGCAGAGCUACUGGAGAAGAUCCGCAGACUAGAGGAGGACAGGCAGAACAUAGACCUCACCUCAGAGUGGAGUGAUGAGCUGAUAGGCAAAAAGUGUAAAAAGAAGAAUCUGCUCGGUCGCUCAGAGAGAAAGAAGAAAGUUGCUCUAGUUUCAGGGCCGUUUAUCGUCUACAUGUUGAGAGACAUCGACAUCCUGGAAGACUGGACUGCCAUCAAGAAGGCAAAAGCAGCGCUCUCCCCACUAAAAAAGAAAGUUGAGAAGCGGUGAUGACAUGAGGACGCGAGCUGCAGAGACACCAAACCUAACCGAGGCGCUCGCCUUCCCAGUUUCCUCCUCCGCCACACUGGACUGAAACACAGCAGCUCCCACCGCUCCGCUGUUAAGGCCUUUGACCCGCACCUGCUGCAACCCCCCCCCCCCCACGACUGCUUGUUUGUUAUGUUGCUAUUUAAAAUACCUUCUUAAUGAAAAGACAACCAUGUAUUUAUAGAAUGAUUUAUAAUGCUGAUUAAAAGUUUAAUCUUUCGUGAAACGG